UUUCAUCCACUGUCGUGGACCCUCAAGAGACCGAUUUCUGCCCCUUCUCGGCUCUAAUGCCCGAUCCCCCGGCGCGGGUUGGGAGACGUUCUCGAGCGGGAGACGCUCCGCAGAGCCACGCCUCCGCCUGGCAAGGGGAGGUGGCCAUCCUGUCGCCGAGGCUAGCGGUUCCCAUGGCGCCGCCUCUGGCCCUGCUCCCCGCCCGGGAGCCAAGCGGGGCAGGGCCGGCGUGCAGGAAGCCCGGGCCCGUGAGCUUCGCGGACGUGGCCGUGUACUUCUCCCCGGAGGAGUGGGGGAGUCUGCGGCCCGCGCAGAGGGCUCUGUACCGGGACGUGAUGCGCGAGACCUACGGCCUCCUGGGCGCGCUCGGUGAGGCCCCUCCUGCACGCCUGGGCCCACUUUCCCGCUCACCCUGGGUCCUGCACGUGGAGUGGGAGGCCCUAGAUCCGGGCAGUCGGGACCGCAUGGGGCGGCCUCCUCGCAGCGUGGGCUUUGCGUUCUUACCCCCAGGAGGCGGAGGCACCAAGCCAGCGCUCAUCUCCUGGGUGGAGGAAGAGGCCGAACUGUGGGGUCCGGAUGCUCAGGAUCCAGAGGUGGCCAGGUGUCGGGCGCAAGUGGACUCAGGUUCCAGAAACAAGGAGAAGAGCAGAGGAAGAGAAGCGGCUGAAGCACUGUGGAAGACACUUUCUACAGAUGCUGAGCCUCCUGGCCAUCAGGCUCCCCAUCUCCUGUCUGCUGGGCUCCCUCAGAGCUUGGAGUCGCUAUCCAAGGCACCUCACCGGGGUCGCCCCCCACUUCGUGCCCAUCCUUCUGUCCCUCGCGCAGACCGGCGUCAUGGCUGCUACGUUUGCGGGAAGAGUUUCGCCUGGCGCUCCACACUGGUGGAACACCUCUACACCCACACGGGCGAGAAGCCCUUCCAUUGCCCAGACUGUGACAAGGGCUUCGGCCGGGCCUCCUCCCUGAGUAAGCACCGGGCCAUCCACCGCGGGGAGCGGCCUCACCGCUGUCCUGACUGUGGCCGGGCCUUCACUCAGCGCUCUGCCCUCACCACGCACUUGCGGGUCCACACCGGUGAGAAGCCCUACUGCUGCGCGGACUGUGGCCGCUGCUUCAGCCAGAGCUCUGCACUCCACCAGCACCAGCGGGUACACAGCGGCUCCACUCCCUUCCCUUGCAAGGACUGCGGCCGUGCCUUUGCCCAUGCCUCAGACCUUCGGCGCCAUGUGCGCACCCACACGGGUGAAAAGCCCUACCCGUGCCCAGAUUGCGGGCGCUGCUUCCGGCAGAGUUCGGAAAUGGCAGCCCACAGGCGGACCCACAGUGGCGAGCGCCCCUAUCCCUGUCCACAGUGUGGCAGAUGCUUCGGUCAGAAGUCAGCUAUGGCCAAGCACCAGUGGGUCCAUCGUCCUGGUGCUGGGAGCCGUGGGGGCCGGGGGUCCAGUGGGUUUCCUGGGUCCCUGGCUCCUGGCAGAGGGGACCUGGACCCACCUGUGGGCUUCCAGCACUAUCCAGAGAUAUUCCAGGAAUGCCCUCCCGCCGGCUCCGGGGCGCCGGGUUUUCCUCACCCCAACGCCGGGGCCAUCCAGUCCAGGGUUAAUGCCAACGAGUUUCCACCACCAGCCGCUCCUAGAGAGGCCGCGGCGCUAGCCAGCGGGGGGAACUGGCCUCGGACGGACACUUCCUGUGAGGGGGAGGGGGUCGGCGAGCCGCGGCCCAGCCCGGGGCUCGGGGGCGAGACGGCGGGGUCUCGGGCUGGGAGCGGUGGCCGAGAGCGGCAGGGCGAGUGGCGAGGGCUCCGGUCUCGGGACACUCAGGCCGGGUCGGAGGAUCGUCCGCCAUCGCCACCGCCGCUGCACUGGGAGCUGGCUGGGAUGGAGCGGGAGGCGUCGCCGUGGGGCCUCGAGUCCCGGGAUGUGCAAAGUCCUGACGAAAUGGGGAGCCCCGAAGGGUCCCUUAAAGGCAACACCAGUGAGAAUGAGGAAGAGGAAAUUUCUCAGCAAGAAGGCAGUGGGGACUAUGAAGUUGAAGAGAUACCUUUUGGGCUUGAACCCCAAAGCCCUGGGUUUGAGCCACAAAGCCCAGAGUUUGAAUCCCAAAGUCCCAGGUUUGAGCCUGAAAGCCCAGGGUUUGAGUCCCAAAGCCCUGGGUUUGUGCCCCCAAGUCCUGAGUUUGCACCCAGAAGCCCUGAAUCGGAUCCUCAGAGCCCGGAGUUUGAAUCCCAGAGCCCUAGGUAUGAACCCCAAAGCCCUGGCUAUGAUCCCAAGAGCCCUGGGUACCAACCCAGGAGCCCUGGGUAUGAACCUAAAAGUCCUGGAUAUGAAUCCGAGAGCCCAGAAUUUGAGUCUCAAAGCUCCAGGUAUGAACCCCAGAGUCCGGGGUAUGAACCCCAGAACCCUGAAGAUGAACCUCAGAAUCCCGAGUUCAAAACCCAAAGCCCUGAAUUUGAAGCUCAGAGUUCCAAAUUCCAGGGAGGUGCUGAGAUGCUUCUGAACCCGGAGGAAAAGAGUUCCUUGAGCAUCCCCCUAGGAGUUCACCCCCUGGACUCCUUCACUCAGGGGUUUGGGGAGCAGCCCACAGGAGCCCUGCCCCUAGGGCCACCUUUUGAGAUGCCUACAGGGGCCCUGCUUUCGACACCCCAGUUUGAGAUGCUUCAGAAUCCUCUGGGUCUGACAGGGAGCCUUCGGGGUCCAGGUCGCAGGGGUGGCCGGGCCAGGGGUGGGCAGGGCCCUCGGCCUAACAUCUGUGGUAUCUGUGGGAAGAGCUUCGGGCGGGGCUCCACCCUCAUCCAGCACCAGCGCAUCCACACGGGUGAGAAGCCCUAUAAAUGUGAGGUCUGCAGCAAGGCCUUCUCCCAGAGCUCCGACCUCAUCAAACACCAGCGCACCCACACAGGCGAGCGGCCCUACAAGUGUCCCCGCUGUGGCAAGGCCUUCGCUGACAGCUCUUACCUGCUUCGCCACCAGCGCACCCAUUCUGGCCAGAAGCCCUACAAAUGCCCGCACUGUGGCAAGGCCUUCGGUGACAGCUCCUACCUCCUGCGGCACCAGCGCACCCACAGCCAUGAGCGGCCCUACAGCUGCCCUGAGUGUGGCAAGUGCUAUAGCCAGAACUCAUCUCUGCGAAGCCACCAGAGGGUGCACACUGGGCAGCGGCCCUUCAGCUGUGGCAUCUGUGGCAAGAGCUUCUCCCAGCGGUCCGCACUCAUCCCCCACGCCCGCAGCCACGCCCGGGAGAAGCCCUUCAAGUGCCCGGAGUGCGGUAAGCGCUUCGGCCAGAGCUCCGUGCUGGCCAUCCACGCCCGCACCCACCUGCCAGGCCGCACCUACAGCUGCCCCGACUGUGGCAAGACCUUCAACCGCUCGUCCACACUUAUCCAGCACCAGCGCUCCCACACGGGCGAGCGGCCCUACCGGUGCGCUGUGUGCGGCAAGGGCUUCUGCCGCUCAUCCACGCUGCUGCAGCACCACCGCGUCCACAGCGGGGAGCGGCCCUACAAGUGUGAUGACUGCGGCAAGGCCUUUUCGCAGAGCUCCGACCUCAUCCGCCACCAGCGGACCCACGCCGCCGGCCGGCGCUGACCCCGGCCCCAUGGGGGGAUAGGGUGGGAGAAGGAGAGGAGCACUGGGAGUUAGGGAGGGCCAUGAGAAAGCUAGAGGAGAAUGGAGGAGUUGAGCAUUCUAGAAGAGGGCCAGGGUGCAGGAAGUUCCAUGCCCUGGAGACGAAUGGGAAAUGGGCUAUGAAGAGGGUUGGAGGGAGGCCAGCAGAGAGCUGACUGGGCAGCAGCAUGCCCCUUAGUGGGUGUCUGGUUUGGCAAAGUGCUAGAUGGGGAGGGGGGAGGGAAGGGGAGGGUCACUUAGAGUGGGGUAGCAUAGAUUGGUAGCUGCUGAGACCCUCGUUAAGACAGGAAGGGGGUAAGAGUGUUGGCAGGGUGGGGAGCCGGGCCCUGGGGUAGGACCUGGGCCUCAGUGCAAACCCCAGCCUGCCUCGUCUUCUCAGGCUUUGGAGCCCCUGAGUUUGAAUUCAAUAAAAACCUUAUGUGGUGAAAGAGACUUGUCCUUAAGAUGUGUGUGUGGACAGUGCCCUGGGCAGUGGGAGAUGCUAGUCAAAACUAUUCCCAGCCAGUAAAGGGCCUUAUCUGGAAGGGCUUUUACAUUCAGGCUUUCUUCAGAAUCUGUCUUCCCUGAAGUUCAGGAGACAUGAUUUGCCCACAUCUGCCUAAGUUCAUGUCCCAUGCUUUGCGUGCUGCAGAAACUCUGGGGGCCUAGCGUGGAGGGGUAAGAAAGCCCUCAACUUACAGUGCGGCUCUGUCUUCCUAAACAGAGGGUCCUUGGACCAGAAAUCACGUGGGUUCUGAUAUUCCAGCC